AUGAGUUCAUUCGUUAUUCUCACAAUUUUCCUUGGUUUGUUUUUCACGAAUUGCAUUGUUCGAGGCGAAGUACGAUCCAAUUCCAGAUGCUCAGACGUUUCAUUGGAAUGUGAAUAUCGGGAGAAAUAUUGUUUCGUGCCUGCUUAUGCAGGACUCAUGUUCAAAAUAUGUAGAAGUUCUUGUGAUUGGUGUCAGAAGUCGUUGAACGAUGUCAUUCAUUCCAAUCGACGAUUCUUUCCAUCAUUACCAGCCGAUAUUCCAGAAUGGAUGACAGGGGUACCUCCUACUCCUGAUAAUGUUGAAGGAUCUGGGAGCACUGGCAUCAUCCACAGCAACUGCGUGGAUCAUUUCAGAACUUGCUCCACAACAGCGGCAUUAUGUCAGGCGGUUAAUUAUCAGAAUAUCAUGGCACAGAAAUGUCCAAAAACUUGUGGAAUUUGUGAAUAA